CAGAAAACGGCGUACGUUCGGCCCUCGGGACAGCUGCAUUGACACAUCAUGGCACAAGUAAGGGAAAGGAAUGCCAGACUGAGUGAAUGCAACGAUAUGAUGGCUUCUCUCAGGCGGCGGGCAGCCAGCCAUCUCUCGACGAGCAGCUCGUACAACUUCUCGAGCUUCACGCACAGGUGAGGUCUCACCAUGUCCGAAAUUGCAUGCACAGAUCACGUCACCCUGAGCUGAUGUGAUGUACGUAUGCGUGUGGCGUUUCAGGUCGGAGAGCAGCUCGCCCACGUGCAGCAAAUGGACCCUGCAACCAUCGCCAAACAGGUCGGUGCACCCGCACCAGAGUCUGCGCACACGUCUGCAUGUUCCCUUCCGGCCUGCCUGUCGUGUGCAGACUUGCUCCCCAGUGGCCCUCGGCCUCCAGCAGAAGCUGGCAUUCGCCAUGACGGUGGCCGCCAAUGCCCUCAAUCAGUCAAAGGCGGCCUUGUCAACAGCCACAGACACCACCAAGGCACUCGAUGACCGAGUAGGCACAACACACACUGGAGGGUCCAGUUCGUUCAUUUCCUACCUGCAUCUGUCUGUGUGUGUGUGUGUGUGUGUGUGUCAGCGUCGUGAGAAGGACGGCGCCACGUUCCGACUGGUGUACGAGAGCGGCAAGCGGCCCACCAACCAGGGCCCCGCCGCCCUGCGCAUGUCACGAGAGGAGCUGUCGCACCUCUUCGGCCACAUGCAGCCGUGGGACCUCAGCCGCCUUCGCCUGGCCAUCGGCAAUAAGGUCUUCCUACAGGCGGCCAAGCAGUACACGGACAUCGUCAUCGACAGCUCGACGCCAUCGGUCAGCUGCAUGUGGGAGCGGAUGCCGCUGUCGGCGGCCUUCGAGUGGGGCACGCGCAUGCCGCAUCUCAAGACUGUCGUCAUCCGCCAUCUGCCACAAAGCUUGUCAUACGGCUGGUCAUAUACGGCUGCGUAUAGAGUGUUGGGCGAGGUGGUCGACGGCCAUGCCAAAGCCCGCAGCGAGCUGCACGAGUUGAAGCGGCGGGAGGCGGAGAGAGAGGGCCGACAGCCACCCAGGGAGGAGGGGACGUUGGAGUCCAUCAGCUUCAUCGAGGCGAAUAGACACUGUAGCGGUUGGCCCGCAGCAAGCCGAUUGCCCUCUCUUGCUGCCAAAGCCACCACCUCAGCCCCCUUCACCCCCGUUCUCCAUUCGCUCACCCACCUCAGCGGCCUUCGCCCUCGCGUCUGCGACUUGAUCGACAACCACAAGUGGCAGAUGCCAUCGCUGCGGCACGUCACGGUGCAGGGAGAGGUCGAUCGGCGCACCGAAUGCGGAUUCCUGAAGACGUCGCGGUGUCUGGAGAGCGUGGACCUCGGUCAGCGUGAGGACUUGCCACGCGUGCUUGAGGGGUGCCAGUUUUCGUGCCUGAAGAGCAUCAGUACCGUCGAGGUCGGAAGGCACGGCGAGAACUGCGUGCGCCGGCUGCAGGUGCGAAGGCAGACCUGACACAUACAUAGUGACCAGGGAGAGUAGGUGCCAUUCUGUUUUCCUUGUGUCGUUUGCAGGCUGCCCUCGCAUCUGGUGGCUGCACCCAACUCCACUCGAUCAGCAUUCGCCUCGUCCCUUACGGGCUUGCCGGCGAGAGGGGAGUCUUCGUCAACGCAGAUACAGUCGCCUCCCUGAGCGCCAUCGACAGUCUCAGGACCUCGGCCGUCGCCGCAUCCACUGCAGCCAUCGAUGUGCGGUUUGGGAACUUGCACAUUCAGCAUUUCAUAUUCUGCUUGUCGCUUCUCCACGAGAGCCCUGCCCCUUCCCUCGCACCCACCUUUGUCCAAGACACACUCUGCCAGCUCGCCGCGGCUGCAAAGACCAUCGUAUGGGAGCCUUCUGCAGCUCACCUGAUUGCCCCCACGGACAUCAGCGAGACAGCCAAGCACCUCGCCGCCAAGCUGCGAUUCUCUCAAGCCCAUCUGCUGCGCCUGUCCCAUCCUUGGGGCGCGGGCGCAAACACCGCAGCGCCCGCUGCGUCGUCCCCUUUGUGGUCGCUCAUCAGCGACUUGUCGGCUGAGGCAUUCCCCGACACGCUGACCGAGCUGAGGGCUACAGGACGAUUUGGCUGCGAGGCCGCGCGGCAGUUGGCGGCGGCAGGCAAGAUCAAGAAUGUGCGGACCCUCGAUGGCUGGUACACACCCGUACCUGCGAGUCACGUGGCGGGGCUGCUGGCGGCCAUGGGCGGAGAGAAAACGAUCUCCACACUGAAGGUGACAGUCGAGGGAGAGGGACAGGGGCUGUCGUGCGGCAGUGACCCCGAGGCUAUUCCACACAUAAGGGACAUCUACGUGGAUUGCCCGACCGGUAAGAUAGCGGGCAUAUACAGCACCACCAUGUCCCCUUCACCCGCCUCUCUCUCUGUGCGUUUGUAUGCAGUGCGCGAUGAGGCAGCAUUGGAUGAGGCCAAUGCUGCCUCGUUUGUCCAUGCCAGUCUCACCUCGUGUCUGCACAUUCGCGGUCUGAAGAAGCUGACGAUCCAGUGGGGCUGGCACCUCUUCAGGGAGCCUGCAGGGCACUUCCGAGAGCAGAUGGAGGCCCUCUGCCCCACCGGCACCAUGGGCGGCUUCCGCAUCACAGUGCGCCGAGACAAGACGUGGCAGAAGUGGACGGUCAUCGCAAGCCGAGCGACAGCAGAAGAGGUGAGUGGGUGGGCUUCUUCGCUACCGUGACUGUCCGUGCCACGCGUGUGUUCUUUGACGAAUGCGUGCAGGAUGAUGAGAGUGAAGAAGAUGAUGACUCGGAUGACAGAGCCGCACUCUGUCUCUCCGAGUGGUGGCAGGCAGGUUUUGGUUCCGCGUGUCGUCGUGUCCGUGUCUGACAUGAUCCGAUUCGAAUCCUUUUUGACGUUUGUUUAUGCAACGGAUCGAUGAUGUCUGUUUUCAUGUUGCAUUCAUUCAUCGGUAUACCACAUUGCAUUCACCAGCCUCACUCACACCAGCGUCAGGUGCAUGAACCAAAACACAGC